GCUCGGGCUCUGCACCUGGACAGGGCAGCGGUAGGCCAGCGGUUGCGCUCCUCAGAUUGGCGGCCUUCCGGGCGGUGGCUUGCGUUUGAGCCUCAGAAAGCGAGGAGCGGCCUCCACGGAAGCCAAGCUGGCCGAGUGCUUUUAGGAAGAAGAUCCUUUUAUUGCUUUUGUACAAGACCAGACGGGAUCUCAUUUGUCAAACGUGGUACCAAUUGGGUGUCUUAACACAGAAGCAGAACUUCCUAGAGCAGAAUGAUGAUGGUAGAUCUGAAAGUGGCUGCGUACUUGGACCCUCAGAUCAGGGCUUUGUGGGAGACCAAGGGGCCUGCAAGAGAGAGCUCCGGUCAGAGUAAAAAAUCUCCUCAAAUGGACAGUCUCGAUCCUAAGAGCUCUUGCUGGCACUUCCGGAACUUCACCUAUGAUGAAGCAGGUGGACCCCGUGAGGCUGUCAGCAAACUUCAAGAAUUAUGUCAUCUAUGGCUGAAGCCAGAGAUCCACUCAAAAGAGCAGAUACUGGAACUGCUGGUGCUGGAGCAGUUCCUGACUAUUCUGCCCAGGAAGACGCAGACCCAGAUGCAGAAGCACCAUCCGCAGAGCAUUGAGGAGGCUGUGGCUCUGGUAGAACACUUGCAGAGGGAAUCUGGUCAAACAUGGAAUGGGGUGAGAAGAAAGAUUCCUGACAUGUACAGUGAAAUAGGAUGCAGGUGGAUAUAGUAGAGAUGGUGGCAGUUAGUUGAGAAAUUAGAUGGAUUAGGUCUUUUUUUUUUUUUUUAAGGACAGUUAAGGUGGGACUUGAAACUACAGGCCCACAGAAAAGUUCACAGGUUUCAGAGAUUGUGGUAGAUACUUCCCUGGCCUUAGAGAAAGAGAGUUGCUUUUGCCCUCUUUGGAGCCAGGGUGAAUUGAGGGUGAUGGGCCUAGUCUUGCUUGGCCAAGGAGACAGGACUUAAGUACUUAGAAACAGAAUAAAAGGUAAUAAAGAGUCAGGGAGGCUGGAUGCAGUGGCUCACAUCUGUAAUCCCAGCACUUUGGGAGGCUGAGGCAGGUGGAUCACCUGAGGUCAGGAGUUCAAGACCAGCCUGGACAGCAUGGUGGAACCCUCUCUCUACAAAAAUAAACAAAUUAGGUGGGCAUGAUGACGGGUGCCUGUAAUCCCAGCUAUCCUUGAGGCUGAGGAGGGAGAAUCAUUUGAACCUGGGAGGUUGCAGUGAGCCAAGAUCGCACCAUUGCACUCCAGCCUGGGCAACACAGCAAGACUCCAUCUCACAAAAAAAACACAAAAACGAGGGGCCGGGUGCAGUGACUCACACCUGUAAUUCUAGCCCUUUGAGAGGCCAAGGCAGAUGGAUCCCCUGAGCCCAGCCUGGGCAACAUGGUGAAACCCCGUCUCUAUAAAAAACAUGAAAAUUAGCCAGGCAUGGUGGCACACACCUGUGGUCCCAGUUACUUGGGAGGCUGAGUCAGGAGAAUCACCUGAGCCCAGGAGGUGGAGGUUGCAGUGAGCUGAGAUCGCACCAUUGCACUCCCUUGGGUGACAGAGUGAGACCCUGUCUAAAAAAAAAAAAAAAAAAAAGGCAGAUCCACAAGGAGAACACAGGAAAACAAGGACAUUUAAAGAAAAGGAGAAAUUGGCCAGGUUCGGUGGCUCAUGCCUAUAUUUCGAACACUUUAGGGGGUCGCGGUGGGAGGACUGCUUGAGACCAGCCUGGGGAACAUAGUGUGACCUUGUUGCUAUGAAAAAAAAAAAAGAAAAUAAGCCAGGCUGAUGGCACAUGCCUGUAGUCCCAGCUUCACAAGAGGUUGAGGUGAGAGAAUUGCUUGACCCAGAAGUUUGAGGCUACAGUGAGUUAUUAUUGCAGCAUUGUACUCUGGCCUGGGCAACAGAGUGAGACCUUGUCUCUUAAAAAAAAAAAAUGUUUUAGGCCAGGCGUGGUGGCUCACAUCUGUAAUCUCAGCACUUUGGGAGGCUAAGGCAGGUGGUUCACAAGGUCAGGAGUUCGAAACCAGCCUGACCAACAUGCUGAAACCCUGUCUCUACUAAAAAUACAUAAACUAGCUGGGCAUGGUGGCCUGGUGCCUGUAAUCCCAGCUACUCAGAAGGCUGAGGCAGGAGAAUGGCUUCAACUCGGGAGGCAGAGGUUGCAGUGAGCUGAGAUUGCACCACUGCACUCCAGCCAGGGCAACUGAGCGAGACUCCAUGUAAAAAAAAAAAAGAUGUUUUUAAAAAUUAGGAAAAAUCCAGCCUGGGCAACAUGGUGAAGCUCCGUCUCUACAAAAAAUAGAAAAAUCAGCUGGGCAUGGUGGCAUGUGCCUGUAGUCCCAGCUACUCGGGAGGCUGAGGUGGGAGGAUCACCUGAGCCUGGGGAGGAUGAGACUGCAGUGAGCCAUGAUUGUACCACUGUACCCCAGCCUGGGUGACAGAGUGAGACCCCUGUCUCAAAACAAAACAAAAAAAACAACUAGGGGAAGACUGCAAAAGAAAACAUAGAAAAAAGGGAAACAAAGAUUUGGAAAAAAGAAAAAUCCCAACAGAAUAGCCAAGGACAAGAAAUGCACUGAUGGGUAAUGUCCUCCCUAUAGUAGAUGAAAGUCUCUACUGCCUUCCCUUAGUGCUUGUUCUUUGGCUCUGCUGACAAGUUGGGAGCCAGGGUAUGAACUUGGUGGGUGGCGACACAUCUGCUGACCUCGGGUCUGCUGGGAAGAAUACAGGGCAGGACCUAUGUCUGGUGUCAGAAUCAUCUGGAGGUUGCAGUCCAUGAGCUGGGAAAGGAGGCAGUGCUCUUGGGAGAAACAGCAGAGGCCUCAAGUUUCGGGCUGAAGCCAACAGAGUCCCAACCAGUGGGCGUAUCCCAAGAUGAAGAAUUUUGGAAUACAUACCAGGGUCUGCAAGAACAGCUCAGCAGGAAUACUCAUAAAGAGACUGAGCCUGUGUAUGAGAGGGCUGUGCCUACACAACAGAUUCUAGCUUUUCCUGAGCAAACAAACACCAAAGACUGGACAGUGACACCUGAGCACGUCUUGCCUGAGUCCCAGAGCUUGUUGACAUUUGAAGAAGUGGCCAUGUAUUUUUCCCAGGAAGAAUGGGAGUUAUUGGAUCCCACUCAGAAGGCCCUCUACAAUGAUGUAAUGCAGGAAAACUAUGAAACUGUCAUCUCUCUAGCAUUGUUUGUGCUCCCCAAACCUAAAGUGAUCUCCUGUCUAGAGCAAGGGGAAGAGCCAUGGGUUCAAGUAUCCCCGGAGUUUAAGGAUAGUGCCGGAAAAUCUCCUACAGGGUUAAAACUCAAAAACAACACUGAAAAUCGUCAGCCUGUGUCUCUUUCUGACUUAGAAAUACAAGCAUCAGCAGGCGUCAUAUCAAAAAAGGCCAAAGUAAAAGUUCCCCAGAAAACAGCAGGCAAAGAAAAUCAUUUUGAUAUGCACAGAGUGGGAAAAUGGCACCAAGAUUUUCCAGUGAAGAAAAGAAAGAAACUUUCAACCUGGAAACAAGAGCUGCUCAAACUUAUGGAUCGUCACAAGAAAGAUUGUGCAAGAGAGAAGCCUUUUAAAUGUCAGGAAUGUGGGAAAACCUUCAGAGUUAGCUCUGACCUUAUUAAGCACCAAAGAAUUCACACUGAAGAGAAACCCUAUAAAUGUCAACAGUGUGAUAAGAGGUUUAGAUGGAGUUCAGAUCUUAAUAAGCACUUAACAACACACCAAGGAAUAAAACCAUAUAAAUGUUCAUGGUGUGGGAAAAGCUUCAGUCAAAAUACAAAUUUACAUACACACCAAAGAACUCAUACAGGAGAAAAGCCCUUCACAUGUCAUGAAUGUGGAAAAAAAUUCAGUCAGAACUCCCACCUUAUUAAACACCGGAGAACCCACACAGGUGAGCAGCCAUAUACUUGUAGCAUAUGCAGGAGAAACUUCAGCAGGCGGUCAAGCCUUCUUAGACACCAGAAACUCCACCUCUGAAGAGAAGCUUGUCCAGUGUCCUCAUUCUGAAGACAUUCACCAAAUGGAGCUUGGCACUAAAAUUUAUGUAAAAGAAAAAUCACAAACCUUGAAAAAUUUUACAUCAGAAAAUGGGAUAAACAUACGUUUCACAGAAAAUAAUCAAGACUUGCUCUGCAGCCACUCAGUAGUCUUCUGUGGUCACAGAAGUAAACAUUGUUGGUUUUGUAUUGAUAUCUCCAGUCGUUUUUGAACACAUCCAAUAGAAACAUUGGCAGCAUGGUCUUCCAAAACAAAAAGCAGUAACAUGCAUGUUUAAUUGCAUACUAUUCUCUUCACAGUAGCAGGCUUACCAAUUUCCAUAGUCUCAUGAGGCAGAAAUGAAUUACAAUAUAAAGUGUUCCAAGAACCAAAUUGGAUUUUCUUUCUUUUGUCAUUGGACACGGUUUGCAAAGUUGAACAUCAUUUGAGUUCCUUCUUAAACUUUUCAGCAACUUCUCUUGGAUCCUGUUAUCACAGUUUUUUACUGUGAUGAAAUCUUGUUAACCACCACUAGGGAAUCUCCAGAUGAACUAUUAAUGCACUGUCUUAUGCCUCUCAUUGGUGAUGUUUGGAAAAUAGAAGACAUCUCUAAUGGAAUCAUGGGGGAAACGGGUUGGAAUUUGUAGCCAUGGAAUAUAUAUUAGAUGUAAAGAAUUUUCUGCAAUAAAAGAAACUAGACUUGUUAAUCCCUGCCUUGCAAUGUCAGUAGGAUAAAGCAGCUAUAAAAAUUAGUACUUGCCCAAGGCCUGAAAGAGAAUUAGUGGGAAUUAAGAUCAACUUCUCAGUUUUGUUUGUUUACUUUUUAAUUGGCUUUUCUUUGUUGUUAAGCAUGAGAGACUUAAUUUGCAUGGGAGUUGGAGUGUGUGUGCUGCAGGCAGGAUCCUGUGGCUCAUUUGGCAUGGAGACCUGGACAUGUAGUCAGCAGGAGACGGUUCCCUAAAUAAAAGAUUUGGGCACUGGUGCUAAGUGUUGGGCGAGGAUGAGCAAAUCUACAUCCAUGUUGUUCCCUCCUAUCCUGUAAGCUCUACCUGUCUUUGUUCUUUCCAGCACAGCAUUUAACAGCAGCCUCAGGUGAUAAAUUUGAUGGAUUGCCAAAAGUCGUAUAGCCUAUGGAUUUUCUUACAACUUGCUUGUUUAGCUACAGCAGUGACUCAGGUGCAUUCCUUUUAGAGCUCUUAGGUAUAUCAGGAAAGGGGUUAAAUAACUGACCUCUUCCAAACCUCUUAUUUUAUUUUAUUUUAUUUUAUUUUUUCGAGACAGAGUUUCGCUCUUGUCACCCAGGCUGGAGUGCAAUGGUGUGAUCUCAGCUCAUUGCAUCCUCCGCCUCCCAGAUUCAAGCAAUUCUCCUGCCUCAGCCUCCAGAGUAGCUGGGAUUACAGGCACCCACCACCACGCCUGGCUAAUUUUUUGUAUUUUUAGUAGAGACGGGGUUUCACCAUGUUGAGCAGGCUGCUCUCGAACUCCUGACCUCAGGUGAUCCACCCGCCUCGGCCUCCCAAAGUGCUGGGAUUACAUGCAUGAGCCACUGUGCCCAGCCUAUACUAAUUGUUUCUUAAGUACAGCCAACUCUGGAGCUCUGGUCUACAUAGCUCUUACACAGCACCACCUUAACUUAAGACCUCCAGGAUUCUGUUUCUUCUCCCAGAUCAUGUGUGGCUUUCUUUCUGGCCCUACAUUCAUUCAUUCUGUUCAAUUUAAUGAAGGCCUAUGAUGUGUCAGGCACUGUCCUAUAUUCUGAGGACACAGGAGUGGCCAAGAGACAAAAUUGCAUCCCCUCAUGGAACUUGUAUUCCAGUGAACAGUAAAAAGAAUGGUUUUGCUUUCCUGCUCCUUGCACUAAGAUGGGUAUGAGAUAGUUUUGAUCAAUGAGUUGUGAGCAGAAGAAGCCUCACUUCUGGCUGAAGCUUUUCAUUUUAUUUAUUUUUUAUUUUUUGCUGGUACAAGGCCAGUGCUCUCCUUUCCUGCCUUAAUCAUGGAACCACAUACAGAGAGAGCAGCCAUGAAAUCAAAGCAGUCCAGAACACUGAGCCACUGCAUGGAGGGCGGCUAUUCCCAAGAGUCUCCAGACCUAUAAUGGACUUUGUGAGAAGAAGAAAUAAACAUUUGUUCUGUUAAACCACUGA